AUGUCCGAGUUGCUGCUGAAGGGGCCCUCCGGAGAGUUGCUGAGCUGCACCUCCGCAUCUCCGGAGAUUUGCGACGGCGACCCCAACACGGAUUGGGCGGCUUCCGAUUCCGCGGGUCUCAGCGUGGUGGUGGAGCUUCCGGCAGGCUCCCAGAUCAGCAGCUACAUGUGGAUGACUUCGGGCUGGGCCCGGCGUGUGGAUCCAGUGAUGUGGCGCUUGGAGGUGUCGAUGGACGGCUCCACCUGGACCUCUGCAGACGAGCGCAGCACCGCGCAGCCGGUGACGUACUACCGGCGCCGCAUCGCCGGGUACGGCAGCCCCGAGGAGGAUUCCUGGUACCCGCUGAGAAAGGCGGAGGAGUACUGGGAGUGGGCCGACCGCGCUUUGCCAUCGCACCGUUCCCAAAGCAUAGGCGCGGUGGCCCUGGAGUACCAGGUGUUGCUGGUGAAUACUCUGGGCGCCUCACCCUGGGUGACCCACCACCACCUGGCCUCCGACGACUACGUGCGCCAGGAGGCGACCUUUUGGCUGACGCACCUACGGCCAGAUGUGUCCGUCUACGUGGAGCACAGCAACGAGGUCUGGAACUCGCUCUUCCCUCAGGGCCGCUAUGCCACGCAGCAGGGCACAGUCCUGGGCCUGGUGAAUUCCACCUGCCGCACCCCGGACACGGUCUGCGCACGUGUGCGCUACAACGCCUACCGCUCCAAGCAGAUCUUCGACAUCUGGGCGGAGGUGUGGUCUGGCCAGCGCAGUCGACUCAAGUUCGUGCUGUCCACGCAAGCGGUCUGGGGAGAUGUGACUCGCGACUUGCUCUCGGUCAACAACGGCGCUGGGGCUGAUUUGCUCGGAAUCACCGGGUACAUGUCGCCACAAGGUGGAGUGGAUCGGUCCUACUCGGCGAAGACGCCCGAGGAGGUCAUUGACCUCUUCACUCAGGCCAAGGAGUGGGGUCGGUCCUGGCUUCGGGAGCAGAAGGCCAUCGCAGAGGCUGCCGGCCUAGGCAUUGCAUUCUACGAGGGUGGCGUGGGACUGGUGGAGGACGGCGUGAUCGAGGGCGGCCUGGCGAUCGGAUCCAUCACGGAGCUGCUGAUGGCCGUGGGCCGCACGCCAGCGUUUCAGCAGGCGGUGGAGGCCUGGCUCGACAUGUUCCGCGAGGAGGCCGGGGACUCUGCCCUCUUCAUGUACUUCGUGGACACGGGCUUCUGGUCCAAGUACGGUCAGUGGGGCAACCGCGAGUACUACGAUGCUGCCACCGCGACCUCCCCCGCUGCCGCCGCGGUCCACGCCUACCUGGACCGCCUGUCCGGCGCGCGGCCGCGCUGCUUGGCGGCCAACUCCUACGGCCGCGGCUUGCCGCCGGACUCCUUCGCCGGGCCGCCGGCGGUGUGGCAGCCCAAGCGAGGAGCUGUGCUGGUGAAAGGCCAGCGCUACAAGGUGACCUGGAUCGAGCCCGAACGACUCCCUGCCGGUCUGGUUCUGGAGACUUUCACUUGUGGCAGCACAGCUCCUGCGAAGGCACUGAUGUGCAUCUAG